AUUACGACACUGAAAUCAAUUUGUAUUUAAUUGUUUCAUUAAGAUUAUAAAUGUGAUGUGCUAGCUAUUUGGUCCCGCCCUCUCCGCCCGUGGAGCCUUCCAGAAGUAGCCGGCAGAUCCGUGCGGCUCGUAACUCGGCCACACUCCAGUAUCCAUCUAUAAAAGUCGUUAUUUUGUCAGCGAUAAGGACGUUUGGGAGCCCAAUUCCUUCGUCAACAUGUCAACGCUGGGCACACUUGCCUUCGACGAAUAUGGAAGGCCUUUCAUCAUCAUUAAAGACCAGGAUAAGAAGACACGGCUAACUGGCAUUGAUGCACUGAAGUCCCAUAUUAUGGCAGCCAAGGCAGUUGCUUCAACCCUUAGGACUUCUUUGGGACCUAACGGCCUGGACAAGAUGAUGGUUGACAAAGAUGGAGAAGUGACUGUCACCAAUGACGGAGCCACCAUUCUCAGCAUGAUGGACGUGGACCAUCAGAUUGCUAAACUCAUGGUGGAGCUGUCCAAGUCACAAGAUGACGAGAUUGGCGAUGGAACCACUGGAGUUGUUGUGCUGGCAGGGGCCCUGCUUGAGCAGGCAGAGCAGCUCCUAGACCGGGGAAUCCACCCCAUCAGGAUCUCUGAUGGCUACGACCUAGCCGCCCGCAUCGCCAUCGAGCAGCUCGACAAAAUCGGCGAAACGUUCCCCUGCGACCCCAACAACACGGAACCGCUCAUUCAGACCGCCAUGACAACACUGGGCUCUAAAGUCAUCAACCGGUGCCACAGGCAGAUGGCCGAGAUCGCGGUGAACGCCAUCCUCACCGUGGCCGACAUGGAGAGGAAGGAUGUGGACUUUGAGCUCAUCAAGAUGGAGGGCAAGGUGGGAGGCAAACUGGAGGACACGCAGCUCAUCAAGGGCGUCAUCGUCGACAAAGAGUUCAGUCACCCGCAGAUGCCAAAGGUUCUGAAAGAUGUUAAAAUCGCAAUCCUCACCUGUCCGUUCGAGCCCCCGAAGCCCAAGACCAAGCACAAGUUGGACGUCACGUCUGUUGAGGACUACAAAGCUCUCCAGAAAUAUGAAAAGGAGAAGUUUCAGGAGAUGAUCCAACAGGUCAAAAGCAACGGCGCCAACUUGGCUAUCUGCCAGUGGGGCUUUGACGAUGAAGCCAACCACCUUCUGCUGCAGAACAAGUUACCCGCUGUCCGCUGGGUCGGAGGGCCUGAGAUUGAGUUGAUCGCCAUAGCCACAGGGGGGCGCAUUGUGCCCAGGUUCUGUGAGCUGACUCCAGAGAAGCUGGGCACUGCCGGCUUGGUGAAGGAGAUCUCCUUCGGCACCACAAAGGACCACAUGCUGGUCAUCCAGGACUGCAAGAACACCAGGGCUGUGACCAUCUUCAUCCGUGGAGGCAACAAGAUGAUCAUCGAUGAGGCCAAGCGUGCGCUCCAUGAUGCUCUUUGCGUCAUUCGCAACCUGGUCAGGGACAACCGUGUAGUUUAUGGAGGAGGAGCUUCUGAGAUUUCUUGCGCUUUGGCUGUCAAUCAGGCGGCAGAUAAGUGCCCUUCGUUGGAGCAGUAUGCAAUGAGAGCCUUUGCAGAUGCCUUGGAGGUCAUCCCAAUGGCGCUGGCCGAGAACAGCGGCCUCAACCCCAUCCAGACCAUGACCGAGGUCCGAGCCAGACAAGUCCGAGACAACAACCCCUACCUGGGCAUCGACUGUCUUCACAACAACACCAACGACAUGAAGCAGCAACACGUGGUGGAGACCCUCAUCGGCAAAAAGCAGCAGAUCCUGCUGGCCACCCAAGUCGUCAAGAUGAUCCUCAAGAUCGACGACAUCCGAAGCCCGGGAGAGUGCGAGGACUAAAAAAAAAAAAAAAAAAUCCCACACCAUCCCGGUCCCUCAACACCUGCAGACUCGGCGGCGCUCUAGAACACGGUAACACGUUUGAGCUGCUGAUUGUAGGCACUUCCUGGGCACUAAAAACCGCACUGCUUACCGCUAUUUAUCGUUUGAUACCCAAACCUGCCAUUAAAAUGUUGGUCUGUGGAAAUA